AUGAGUGACUCCGAGUCAUUUUUUGACCAACCCUUGAUCACGAUCAGACCGUUCAACCCCUUUGACAUCCAAGUUGGGUCCCAAAAGGCCGAGCAGGUUUUGGCGCAAGGAAUCAUAUAUUGUGGUGCUUCUAGACUUCGCGAGGCUUUAAUUCAUAUCAUCGACGCCAGUCUGGACAACCAUGGAUGGAUGCAACGUUGCCUUCAGGAAGAAUUGCACUACAUUAUGGCAGUUGUCGGUCAAGCAUAUGCAGUUGGUUGGGUGCUGGAUAUCCCAUACAUCCUUCGCCUUCUUUCCGAAUCUCUUUUUGCAUGUCUACCCGAAGAGUUUCCAAUGGACUUUCACCCCGAUCUUUUGCCCUCUUUGGCCGCGGAUGACAAUGACCAGGGUUUUGAGAAAGGUGUCAAAAAAUACCUUUAUGACUGGUGGACUCGUAAUACCCCCCCAAGUCCCGAAAGAAUGUUAAAUCAUCUUACCAUUGGGAAAAUCAUGAAAUUUCAUGGUGAACAGUAUGCUAAAAGUUUCCCCAAAGCAAAGGAUUCCACCAAACCGCUGCCUCCCGCUGAGCCGAGUGGUAUACGUCAUGGGCAGCUGUCUACUCUUGAUCCCCCUCCCGAUGCCCCUGGUCAGACAAACUUUAUUUAUCCGACUCAGAUUGUUCCCGACUCUAAACCCGGUGACAUACACUGUGGUUGUUGUGCUAAAUUCCGUAAUCUUUCUGAUGAUCUGCUUGUUCAGUUCAGAGGUGUCAAGAAUUUCUCUACAUGUCUUGCCGAUGUAGCCUCCAACCAAGUUGCUUGUAUUUCGCGACGUGCAAUGGGAUUUUUCAAGCUCUACGAGCUUAGCCAGGAACUUGACGAUGCUGCUAUUGAGGGUGCGGCAACGUAUGGACGCGACAACAUCAAAACCCGCAAACCCGAAAUACCCGCCGAUUUGAUGAAUUCAAAGCAGACGCCCCCAUCCGACAAGUGGACUUGGGGGAAAUCUCUUACCAUCAAAGAUGUCCUCAGCAUUUCCGAGGUCAGCAAUCCGAAAGAACAUACAGGAUACGCAAAAAAUCUCAAGGAAGGGCAAAAGGUUAAAUAUUCCACUGAAGACUCUUUGUCUCAGGUCGGCACCUUUGAUUCUGCAGCCAUAUCCGCCGUCCAAACAUUGCCUUCCGCCACAUUCACCCAACCCGACUACUUCAAGUACGGUACCGAAGGGAGCCCGCCUUCCAGUGUCGGAGAUUUUGCAGAAGUUGCAGAUCAGGUCCCGCUUUCCAGCGUUGAAGAUUUUACAGAAGCGGCGGAUCCAGUCUCCAGUAAUGGCAACUCCAGUGACUCCGAAUCGGAUAACGAUAUUAUAAACCAAGCCGCAAACGACAACCUUUUUGGUUCCGAGUCGGAUGACAGCUUGGAUGCAGCAUUAGGCCUUUUCGACGAUGACAGCAGCACAAAUGCGGGGUCGGAUGACAACUUGGGCGGAACUUUGGACGAAGAAACAGGAAGGCAGUCAGAUAUUGCAGAAGAUGAGGGUAGUGGCAGCGAGUUCCAGUCGGAGAGUGGUAUAAUUCAUAACGAUGUACAUGUUGAAACUACCCCGUUGCUAGCUGUGUCGGAACUGGAACAGAGUGGUUUGGUAUUCACUCCUGCAUACUUUGAUAAAUUUUUAGAUGUUAACAUGUUCAAGUUUGAGUAG